AAACGGACGCGCACAGCGAGCGUCCUCGUGUUUUACCCUCCCAUUUGUUACACACCCGAGCGACAAGUCGCGUGUGUUUACCGACGGUUGAUAAAAUCUGAUCUGAAAAGCCAGAUCAGAUUCUAAAAAUGUCCAUGCUCCCAGUCGAGGGAUGUCAGUAUGAAUCAUGACCGUGUAAAAGCUUUCAGAGAGAAACUAGACAACCUCAACAUCACAGAUUACUAUGGCCUGAAGAGUCCAGGUCUGACAUGCUAUUUGAACAGCGUGCUUCAGGUGCUUUUUAUGAGCAGAGACUUCCGAGAGGCAAUACAACGCAGUCAAGAUUCAACAGCCUUUGACCCACACCUGAGAAUACUGUUUGCUACUUUAGAGAAAAGUGCGGCCAAAACACACAGCAUCACAGGAGAACUGGGGAUCACAGAUGUGUACGAGCAACAUGAUGCUGCUGAGUAUUUUGAGAAGAUCCUACGCCGGACCAGUCUAAAGGCGUCCAAGAUAUUCAAGGGCGAGCUGAAUCAUAAGACCACAUGUCUCCAGUGUAAGCAGAGCAAUGACUCCAGGAGCUGUUUCUGGAUUCUGCCACUUAUGGUCAAAGAUUCCCAUCAUCUGGUCUACAGCGUGGAGAAAGGGUUGAGUGCUUUCUUCAAGGGAGAAAUGAUCUGCGGGGACAACAAGAUGUACUGCAGCCAGUGCAAUGGAAAACAAGAUGUAGAAAUAGUAAGUGAUAAAUGUAAAGUCCUUGUUGGAAUAGGUAACUGUCCCGUGUUCAGGCAGCUGUUUUCAUCAUAUGAUAUCUGGACAUAA